CAUUAGUUUGGAGGUCGAAGCUGUCAGCGGUGUGCAAGAAACCAUCGACCACGAAAGGAUGCUUGAAAUUCAAAUGUAAUGGAUGUUUAAUCUGAUUUAACAACAUAUGAUUUAACUGCUCCUUAACAGUAGCGACGGAAAACCUCACACAGCCUGCAGUUGUCAUGGAGGAGACGGAUAGGGAGGCCUUUGCCACUUCGGUGCAGCGGGUCGCCGGCAUGUUGCAGCGGCCGGAUCAGCUGGACAAGGUGGAGCAGUACCGCCGAAGAGAGGCGCGCAAGAAGGCCUCCGUGGAAGCCCGUUUGAAGGCUGCUAUCCAGUCCCAGCUGGACGGGGUCCGGACCGGACUCUGCCAGCUCCACAACGCCCUGGAGGACGUGAAGGACAUCCAGAGCUCCCUGGCGGACGUCAGCAAGGACUGGAGGCAGAGCAUCAACACCAUCGAGAACCUGCGGGAGGUGAAGGACGCCGUGGUGCAGCACAGCCAGCUGGCCUCCGCUGUGGAGAACCUCAAGAACAUAUUCUCAGUGCCGGAGAUCGUGCAGGAGGCUCGGGAGCUCAUCGAGCAGGGCGAGCUGCUGCAGGCGCACCGCAAGCUGAUGGACCUGGAGUGCUCGCGCGACGACCUGAUGUACGAGCAGCACCGCAUGGACAGCCGCAGCGCGCACGACACGGGCCUGAUCCGCGGCUACUUCGGCGACGUGCAGCGGCUGUCCGAGGAGCUGGCCAAGCAGCUGUGGGUGGUGCUGCAGCGCUCGCUGGUGACGGUGCGCCGCGACCCCACCGUGCUGGUGUCGGCGGUGCGCGUCAUCGAGCGCGAGGAGCGCACCGACCGCCGGGCGCUGGACCGCCAGCGGCAGACGGGCUUCCUGCCGCCGGGCCGGCCCAAGCGCUGGAAGGAGCGCAUGUUCCAGGUGCUGGAGGGCACGGUCAGCGCCCGCAUCGAGGGCUCGCAGUCCGACACGCGCGAGUCGGACCGCAUGUGGCUGGUGCGCCUGCUGGAGGUGGCCCGGCGCAACGUGCUGGACGACCUGGUGGUGGUGCGCCACCUGAUGGUGCAGUGCUUCCCGCCGCACUACGACACCUUCCGCGUCUUCUUCCACCUGUACCACCGCGCCCUCUCCGCCCGCGUGCAGGAGCUGGCCGCCGACGACCUGGAGGCCAACGAGAUCGUCUCCCUGCUCACCUGGGUGCUGCACACCUACGACAGUGAGGAGAUGAUGGGGCAUCCGGAACUCUCUGCUGAGUGCGACAUCAACCAGCUGGAGCCGCUGCUGCCAGAGGAGGUGGUGGAUGAGCUACUGAGCAAAUACAUCCAGACCUUUACAUCUAACAUCACCGGCUGGCUGCGGAAGGCUCUGGAAACAGACCGGAAGGACUGGUAUAAGGACACCGAGCCAGAGGCGGACCAGGACGGCUACUACCAGACCACCCUGCCUGCCAUCGUCUUCCAGAUGUUCGAGCAGAAUCUCCAGGUGGCGGUGCAGAUUAACGAGACCUUCAAAGACCAGGUGCUGCAGCUGUGUCUGAAGCAGAUGACCUCCUUCUUGCACAGGCCGAGGAGGGCGCGCUACAAGGAGGAUCACCUGCGGGACCGGCAGCUGCCCCAGUGCUACGUGCAGUACAUGAUCGCCCUCAUCAACAACUGCCAGACCUUUAAGGAGUCGAUAAGCAGCCUGAAGAGGAAGUACUCCCACUCCAUGGAGCCCACGGCCAACGACGCCGCCAUCGAGAAGACCCUGAGCGAGGUGGCCAAAGAUGGCUGCCAGUUCCUGCUGGACGAGGUCUUCCUGGACCUGGAGCAUCACCUGAGCGAGCUCCUGACCAGGAAGUGGAUUACGGGCUCCCAUGCAGUGGAAACCAUCUGUGUGACCGUGGAGGACUACUUCAGCGACUUCUCCAGGAUUAAAAAGCCCUUCAACUUGGAGAUGACCAGCGAGGCCCACCGCAGGGUGGUGGUGGAGUACGUGAAGGCGGUGAUGCAGAAGAGGAUCAGCUUCCGGAACGCGGACGAGCGGAGGGAGGGGGCGGACAGGAUGAUCCGCGAGGCGCAGCAGUUCAAGCUGCUCUUCAGGAAGCUCUCUCCUGACGAGGACAAGGAGUGGCUGUGCGAUUCCAUCACGGGCAUGGCUGAGGUGUUCAAACUCACAGACCCCACCCUGCUCUACCUGGAAGUGUCCACACUGGUGUCAAAGUACCCCGAUAUCAGGGAGGAGCACAUCGCCGCCCUGCUGGCGGUCAGAGGAGACGCCAGCCGGGACAUGAGGCAGAUGAUCUUCGAGACGCUGAACCAGAACAGGUCGCCCUUCCCGGCCAGCACCCCGCCCAUAUUUAAGGACAUCACCGUCCCCUCCCUCGCCUCCAUGGCCGUCCCCAAGCUGCUCAAGUGACGGGCGGGAGAGUGGGCGGAGCCGGGGCGCGGCGUCUGGAGGGGGGGGCGAGAACCCGGCGACGGCUAAUCGCACCCGUGUUUUUGCACUUUGGAAAGGGUGCGUUUCCCACCAAGACGCGUGUGAAUGACUGACAGCACUGACUAACACUAAUUUAAAAUGCGUUGCUACGGUUACUGUGAUACUUGAUUGAUCGCCCCACCCCCCAGUCCCUGUUGGCUUGGGGGGGGGGGGGGGUGGGGUUGGGGGGGCACUGUUACUGAACUGCACUUCGAUGUU